UAGUGGCUUUGUGUUCGAUUAGCGUAGCGAGUGGAAAGUGGAAAAGGAAGAAGGCGAGUGAGUGAUGAGAGAGGUUUAGUGAAGCUCCGUUGCCCUUACGAGUUUUGUUUAUUGAUUGGUGAUGAUGAUUAGAACGAUUGACGCCCAUCGAAUCACUUAAGGGCUGCUUGGGUGUAUAUGACUUUUUGGAGGCAUGGCAUGGUCUGGGAACUCCACGCCUUCCAACAGCGCCUUCUCACGCCUGCGCAAUGUCCGUGACCCAGACCUCAGUUCCUCAGAAGAAUGUCUAGUCUACACCCCUGCCCCUGGUGGAGGAAAUAAUGGAGGAGGAACGGCACACAGCUUCGUUCCCCAUUCUGUGACCACAUCUCCAGGGAGGCCAUCGAACCACCAAGCUAAUAUCGCUCACUCAUCUCCCUCUCCCCUUCCUUCGGGAAGUAGUACAGAGAGUAGUGCUUCUGCUCCACCACCAUCCCCAGCAUCGCCACCUUCGCACCCGAGCCAUGUUAGCGUGAACAGCACAGCCGGAUCACUGAGGAGGGCUGGCAUCCCCCAGUCCCCUGUAGCCCCUCACCCUGUCAUUGGGCCCCCCAAUAACCCUGCUAUCCUCCCCCCUACCUCCCUCGCAGCCCCAGGCUCCCCCUCAGGCUUGCCCCCUGCUGGUCCCCCCCGUUGCCCCUCCCGGUGCCGCCAGUCCUCCCUCUCCCCCUCCUCCCCCCCUCCGCCGCUGCCUCAGCCAGCUUCAGCACCUCUGCCAUCACAGGUACCAUCCUCAUGCACCACACCGCCACCACCUGCUUCAGCCAAUACCACAGGCACCACAACUACCAGCAGCGAUCCAGCCCAAGUGUCCAAUGCGCCCUCGGGUGGUUGCAAUAACCCCCCUUCUACCACCAGUACCAAUACAUCCUCUACUACUACCACUAGCACAGCUACUCCUGGCACCAAUAAUGGAGGACCCAUGUAUAACUGGCAAGCCACCAUGACUACUGUUAAGGAAAGAUUUGCAUUUCUGUUCAACAAUGAAAUAUUGAGCGAUGUUCAUUUCCUGGUCGGCAAGGGAGACUCAAGGCAACGCAUUCCGGCCCAUAAAUUUGUGCUGGCAGUGGGCAGUGCCGUUUUCGAUGCCAUGUUCAACGGGCAGCUAAGUACCCAUCAGGAUGAGAUUGAACUGCCGGACGUAGAGCCUCAGGCCUUCUUGGCGCUCUUGAGAUUCUUGUACAGCAAAUGCUGUAUGUCGCUGUCGCCUCAAACUACAGCAAAUAGUGUGUGUUGCAGUUAUCGGGUUAAUGGUUGUUUGAAGAAGAUAGGUGUGAAAAAUGAUGAGGUGCAGAUUGGGCCCGAGACAGUGAUGACUGUAUUGUACACGGCAAAGAAGUACGCAGUUCCAGCUCUAGAACAAGCCUGUGUAGAUUUUCUCAAGCGUAACCUCUCCUCAGAUAAUGCAUUCAUGCUUCUUACCCAGGCUCGACUCUUUGAUGAGCCACAACUAGCAGCCCUGUGCUUGGAGACAAUUGACAAAAACACUGAAGAUUCACUAGCAGCUGAAGGCUUCACAGACAUUGACCAUAAUACCCUGUGUCUGGUGCUAGAAAGAGACACCUUGAGGAUUCGAGAGGCCAAACUAUUUCAAGCAACAGUCAGGUGGUCAGAGGCAGAGUGUGAGCGCGAGGGCUUGCCUGUAACUAGUGCUAAUCAGAGACAAGAGUUAGGCAGAGCUCUGUCCCUUAUUCGUUUUCCCCUCAUGACUGUGGAAGAGUUUGCUCAGGGACCAGCACAGUCAGGCAUUCUUACAGACCGCGAGGUUGUCCAGCUCUUUCUCCACUUCACAGUCAACCCCAAACCCCCGGUCAACUUCCUAGAUGUUCCGAGAUGCUGCAUGACUGGCAAGGAGCAGACGGUGUGUCGUUUCCAGCAGAUUGAGUCCAGAUGGGGGUAUUCUGGAACAAGUGAUAGAAUUAGAUUCAUAGUUGACCGUCGUAUAUUUGUCGUGGGUUUUGGAAUGUAUGGGUCCAUCCAUGGGCCAUCAGAGUAUGAAGUGACCAUCCAGAUCAUCCAUACAGCAACAGGAAAGGUGUGUGCAAGCAACGACACAAACUUUACAUCUGAUGGUUCUGUGAAUACAUUUCGUGUCAUGUUUAAGGAGCCUGUUGAGGUGCUGCCCAACACUAACUACACUGCUUAUGCUACACUGAAGGGUCCAGAUUCUCACUAUGGAACCAAAGGAAUGCGCAAGGUGGCGGUGGAAUGUCCAUCAGGUGACAGAGCAACCUUCCAGUUCACAUAUGCAGCCGGCAAUAACAAUGGUACAUCCGUCGAAGAUGGACAGAUCCCAGAAAUCAUCUUUUACACUUAGAUAUGAUAGAAGAAUGAACCAAAAACAAAAUAAUGGUUGUGUAAUAUAGUUAACAGAUACCCCAAAUCCUGCUGAUGACUCCUUAGCAAAUUUAUUUAAUUAUUUAGUAAGGACUUUUUUCCACUUUUUGUUUUCCAUUUUUCCUGUUAGAUACCUGCAGUGUAUUGGGUUAGGGAGAUAGGGGUUUAUAAAAACAAUGGUUAUGUUUGUGCAUUUGGUUAUUAUUUAGAUAACCUUGGCAAUGGAAGAAGUCAUAAAAUUGAGAGGUCUUGGACUUAGGUUCAGUAGAUAUUACUCAGUGCAAAUGAUACCUAAUAUACAUUGCAUUGGACUGGGAAAACAGUAACUGCAGGAUCUUAUUUUAUGUAGAGAAUGUGCCAUAUAACAGCUACCGUAACUAAGCCUCAUAACAAUACCUCUGUAAAGUGAUCUAGGCAUACUAGAGACUUGCUUUAGUUUAAAGAAAGAAAAAUCUUUCCCCUCUUCCUUUUUGGUUAGAUUUGAGAUUUUCGGAGGAUAAAAUUGGGGUAGGUAAGGGAUGUUGGAGUGAACAAAGUGGUGUUGCUGGGGCAUAGAACCAAAAAUUUAUAUAUUAGUAAGAAAAUGCUGGGAAUUUUAGAAGUGUCUUGAUGAUGAAAGUUGAAAAUUUAAAAGAAUGGAAAAAAAAGUUCUUUUUCUGUUGAUGAUAUGCCAAUAUUCCUGUUAUGGUAAUUUUGCAAAAAGGACUUGUAACAGACCAUGACACUUUGCUCAAUUUGAAUAAUUUUAGCUUGCCAUAACAAACAAAAGAAGUGCUUUUGUCUGUAAAAAUAAAAGAUGCAUGAAAAUAUUGAGAAUGUGGCAUUCAAAUAUGUAUGAGAUUAUAAUUUAGUAAACCCACCAAAGUUGCUUUAACAUAUUGUGUAAAUGAGAGGGCUUAGAAUGCAGACAAUUCAAAUGUAGUCAGAUCAGAAUGUCAAUGUAUUUGUCAACAUGACUUGUUUGAAAUGUGUGCAUUGUUGAUCAUGAUGGUCUUGGUAUUUGUAGGAAUGGGUAAAGUGACUGUGAUGCAUGUUACCAUUAUGGUGGACAAAUAGUGAGGAGUUGUUGCUCAUAUUUAUUUUUAAAUAUAGUGGAUCUGCAGCAAAAGAAAAAAAAAGACCAUAUAAACAUCUUGAGUAUCUUGAAUGAUUUUGAGUGCUGUAGAAGUUUAUGAGUUUGAUGCAGUUGAAGGUGCUCUGAGUAAGUAAACUGUGUGAAUCAAGAAUAUAUUGUAAGAAACUGAGUGACUUGCCCGAUAGAGAUUGGAUUAAUAUGUGGUUUGUCCAAGACAACUUUCAGGAUAGUCUGUCCGAUCUUUUGAGUCUGAUAGAUUAGAUGGUUGUGUAUUUGUGUGUGUCUAGUUUUGAAGUUAAAGACAAAUUAAAGCAAUGUAUUAUAUAUGUUGCUGAUGUUUGUUUAUCUUGAUUAUAAAAGGAUUUCCUGAAGGGUAACAAAUCAAUAUUUGUGUAUAGAAUAUGGAAAUGUAAACUCAUAGGUAUAUCAGUGUGUCUGUGUUUACUUGCCAGCUUGUACAAAUAUAUAAAUAUAUCACUCAUAUAUA